AUGUUUAAAUUUAUUUUGUUAAUAUUAAUAAUCAAUAUUCAAAAAAUUCAAACAAAUAAAAUAUUAUUUGAAUGUACAUAUGAUGAGACUGAUUCAUGUCGUUUACAAUCAUUUGAUGGUAUGAAACAAAUGAUUAUUGAUGCAUCUAUUGAUAUAUCAUAUUAUGAUAAACCAAAUCGACCGUUGUCUGAUGUAUCAUCUAUAUUAAAACCAACUAAAAAUGGAUAUUUUUGUAAAUUACCUUAUAGAAAACAAUCGAAUUUAAAUGAUAUUUAUUUUUGUUAUAAAUAUUCAUCAAAUUCAAGUAAAUGUCAAACAACAAAUGGAUUCGAAGAUGAAUGUCAACAAGGUAAAUAUCAAUUAUUAUUACUUGAAAAUAUUCAAUAUCGACAAUUUAUAACACCAAUUAUAAAUUCAACGAAAAAUUCAAUUCAAUUAACGUAUUAUUAUUAUUUAACACGAAAUGAAACAGUUUCUUUAUCAACUUAUUAUUUUAAUGAACAAGGUCAAAAAAUAUUUAUUGGUCAAAUUGAUCAAAUUCAUACGAAUUUUAAUCGAUGGAAUUUUGUACAACACUAUUUUAAUACUAAUUCAAAAUCAUUUCAAAUAAUAUAUGAAAUAUAUCGUCAUGAUAUGUCAAAUCCUUCUCAACCAUUUUAUGUUGCUUUCGAUCAAAUAACUCUAACAGAACCUAUUCAUAGAGAGACUUUUUCAACAGAUGAAGCUAAAGAUGAUCUUCGAUUUUUUAUUCCAAAGUUAGCUGAUCAAGAUACAUCUGGAUCAACUGAACCUAGUAUGAGUGAUGCCACUAUAUCAUUUACUAUAAAAGAAAGCUCAAUUCAACCAGAAGAAGCUUCAAAUGGUCCUCCAACUGAGACAAUUCCUUCACCGCAGACAACACCUACUGCUACUACUGCAGAUAGUACUACUACUGAUAAUAAUAAUUAUAGUAAUUAUAUUGAUAGUAUUGCUCCUAAUGAAGCUACUAGUAGUACAAUCACUACUACUACGAGUACGAUUACAAGUACUACAGAUAAAAACGGAACAAUAACUGAAGCUCCUUUAAAAUAUGGUUUAGAGGUUGUCCUUGGUCUUGCAAUUGGUUUAGGAGUUACAGCUGCAUUAGGAAUUAUUGGAGUUAUUGGAUUAACAAUUUAUAUAAUUAAAAUCAAAAAACGAAUUAAAACAUCAGUUAGACCUACAAAACAUACUAAAAAAACCCCUUCAAAAACAUCAAAAGAUAUUCCGUUAAAAAAACAACAACCUGAUCAUCAUCCAGGUCGUCAUCGUCAUCAUGAUCACAAAAAAACAAAACGAACAAAAGAAAAUAUUGUUUAA